AGUCUGAGGUCCUCAGCUGUUCCGACCCAUCAACUUCACAUAGCAGGGCUCAGCCUGCCGUGCAUACAAUUACACCCAGAAAAUCAUGGACACACAUCACAAAGAACUUCCCAAAUCUACGAGAGUUUGAGUCACAGAGGGAGCUGAGAACCAGAGAAGAAAUAACAUACAGAAAACAUCAGAGGUACUACAGACAAAGACUGAAUCCUGAAGUAGUGAGGAAACAUUUUGGUCAGCUUCCUUUUUAGGCUCAACCACACUGAACUAAUAAUACGAGUCAUUACCAGCUGGUGAAGACUUCAUUGUGAUCUGUACAAGUUUGAACUAAAGACUUUGGUGUUUUGACAAGUUUAGCAUUGCACCAUGGACCAGGAGGAUGACAAAAACUCUGUGGAUAUUCAUGACAAUCCUCCAGCUCCUGACAACGUAGUAAGAGAAGAUGGAGACACUGUCUAUUUCAUCUAUGACGAGGAGGUGGAGGUAGAGGAGAAGGAACCAGAGCCUCCUCCAGAGCCUGUUAUUCGGAUCAAUGACAAACCCCACAAGUUUAAGGACCAUUACUGCAAGAAGCCCAAGUUCUGUGACGUCUGUGCUCGCAUGAUCGUUUUGAACAACAAAUUCUGUCUGAGGUGUAAGAACUGCAAGACCAACAUCCAUCAUUCAUGUCAGCACUACGUCGAGUUCCAGAAAUGCUUUGGAAAAAUUCCACCAGGCUUCAGACGGGCCUAUAGCUCCCCUCUGUACAGCAGUGACCAACCAGACCCAAACAACCCGAACCGGAACGACCCCGUCUUUGACACCUUGAGGGUUGGUGUCAUCAUGGCCAACAAGGAGCGCAAAAAGAAUGAAAACGACAAGAAGAAUAUCAUGAUGAUGAUGGAAGAGGAGGAAGAAGAAAACCAACAACCCAAAGAAAACGAAGAGGGAGGAGAAGGGAAGCCUGAAGAUAAAAAAGAAAAAGGUGGAGACAAAGCAGAUGACAAGGCCAAAGGUACCUUCACUGGGUCCCACUACUACCUGGCUCUCUACCGCUUCAAAGCCAUCGAGAAAGACGACCUUGACUUUCACCCUGGUGAUCGGAUCAUAGUUCUGGACGAUUCCAAUGAAGAGUGGUGGAGGGGAAAGAUGGGGGAGAAGACCGGCUACUUCCCUGCCGACUACCUCAUUAAAGUGCGCGCGUCUGAAAGGGUUUACAAGGUGACCCGCUCCUUUGUGGGCAACAGAGAAAUGGGACAAAUUACACUCAAGAAAGAUCAGAUCGUAGUGAAGAAAGGAGAUGAGAAAGCUGGCUACCUGAAGGUCAGCACAGGACGCAAGCUGGGCUACUUCUCUGCAGAUCUUCUUGAGGAGAUCACCUUCACAUAAAGUGCAACAAUAUGCAAGAAAAAAAAAAAGAUCUACAAAAAAAUUUAAGUUUUCUUUCAUUGUGUUUGCUGUGAUCUAUUUCUGUUGCUGACAUGCUGAUUAUUUGAAAAACCUUUCAUUAAUGUCUUUGUCAGCAUUUUAGAUUGUUGUUUUAAGAACAGCACAAUAUCAGCAUUGCCUGCUGAUAUUGUGUGAGCUCAGGUUUUAAUAACAAGUGGAAAAGUGGAACUAGCUUUCUAGAGAUGAAGAAGCAAAUGCAGAUAGCCUGUUAAUGAGUGUCUAUGAGAUUAAAUAAAUAUAUUUAGUUUUUUUCCCCUUUAGAUACAUUUAAUAGGCACCAACUCUGAGUUAAAUCAAAAUUAAAAACAUGUAGACAUAGUUCAUGUUGUAUACAGGGUUGUGCAGGCAACUCAUAGUUGCACAUACCUCUAAAACUGACUGAUAAAGGUGUUUAAUAAGACUUAAAAGAAUUCAUUUUUUGUUUGAGUCAACAUAAUUUCACAUUGAAUUAUUUUAGGAAACCGUUAACCUUAUUUUGAAAAGAUUUAUGAAGUUUUUUUAAUUUAUUCAUGACUCUUUUUCUUUUGGGCGUCGGUAUGAAGUGCUACAUACGUGCAUUUUUCUACAAAAUGGGGAAAUCAAGAGAGUUUUCACUUUUUAAACUGUAGUCUAAGUGAUACGUUUAAGAUAGUGUCUUAAAAAGGAAAAAGCCAAAGAAAACACUGAAGCAUAGGGAUAAAGUAUAAUAUUUACCAUAAAAAUAUUUAAACCACGUCCAGGUCAAACAAGUAAUUAGCAUCGCCGCUUGAAAAUUCCUAUUCUGUCUGGAAUCUUAUCCCCGUCAUUUGUUCCACUAAAUAUAAGGUUACCACAGAACAAGGUUAAUAUGAAAAAGUUACAAUUAGUGGGUUUAUUAAACCUACGUUGAUAUUGUCAUUACACAGAGAAAGAAUGGUAAGAGAUGUAAAAAAACAAAAAAAUAUAUAGAUAUAUAUAUAUAUAUAUAUAUAUAUAUAUAUAUAUAUAUAUAUAUAUAUAUAUAUAUAUAUAUAUAUAUAUAUAUAUAUAUAUAUAUAUAUAUAUAUAUAUAUAUAUAUAUAUAUAUAUAUAUAUAUAUUGUAUUUUUUGAUAUAGGAGAUGAAGGUGUGUGUUUGGACAACCAGUGUGGGUUGAAAAAGUAAAACAUGGUGCUCAAAUUUGUUGUUACUGAUUAUCCACGAUAGGAGAUGAAGGUGUGUGUAUGGACAACCAGUAGUGGGUUGAAAAAGUAAAACGUGGUGCUCAAAUUUGUUGUUACUGAUUAUCCAAGAAUGCACUUUUCAAAGCCAAAUUUAACUUAACGCUUCAUUGUUUAUUUUGGAGUCUGAUGUUUUGACUGAAUGUGAUUUCCAGAGGAACCUUCCUGAGGGAUUAAUAAAGUUCUGUGCAUCCUAAUCUAGACUCUGAAAGCUUAUUGAUGUAUGUGGGACGAAGUCAAGACAGUUAAUUCAGUCAGAUCCAACAGUCGAGCUAUGGUAGUUAUUGAAAAUGUAAUGCUGGUUCUGACAGGAAAAUGCAGUCCAUUGAAACUUGCUGAGUUUGGAGCAACAUCACUGUAAACCAGUCGGUAUGCCCAUGCUAGUGGUGAUGAGAAGAGAUUUACUAUGCAAAUAUUGCCAAGUCAAAAGGUGCUUUACUGAUCGACUCAUUGCAAAGAAAACUAAAUGCUGAUUUUGAAUCAAAAGUUCUUCGAGAGGUGCAACAUACUGUUUUUAAUUUGUAUAUUUUUCAGUCUUUCAUUUUUGUUUUUAGUUGAAUUGUGAAAAACAUGUCAGUUUAAGACUAGAAAAAAAAUUGAUCAAACAGGGCAAGACCAAAGAGACUAAUUUCACUUAUAGUAAAACCCUCUAUAUUUUUUUCCCAAUACCAUUCAAGUAUUGUGUUGUAAUUUAUGAUUAACUGUCUAAAAUGUAGCUGUCAACCCUAAUGACUCCAUCUUUUCCCUUAGCUGACUUUAAAACUUUUAAACUGACUUUGUAUGUUAAA